AAUUCACUCCUUAUAAAUACUACUCUAUAUGAUCAUCAUACAGUUUCAUACUUCCAUUACAAUUUAGUUGCCAGAAUAUCCGGACUCGGAUCACCGGAGCGGUUAACGUGUUAUGAUCGAUGGCAAAAGGUCGGACACUUACAAUCAGCCGAAGCGAGCGUUUUUUCGGGAGCUAUGGGUACAACGGCAACGACCAUGACGCGGUGGACAAUGAUGUAGAAUUAAGAGAAGAUGACGUAUGGUCUAUGGUUGAUGAUGUGGUCAACGGCACAGGUUCCAACGAGGGCGAUCAACAUAUUAUCACUAGUGAUUGGACCUCACGCGCCUCUAUGGGAGGUGCUACAAGAAGUCGUGGGCGUGCGGGCGGAUUAUCCGUGGUGUUUGAUGAUCAGCCUGUAAAGAUGGCUGCGGCGUCAAAGAGGAUCGUUCACCAGUUUCGCAACGGAAGUGACAACAUGGCGUCUCCACGUGGACGCCAUGUUGCCACUUCCGCACCAGUGAACGUGCCUGAUUGGUCAAAAAUAUAUCGAGUUGACUCAGUUGAGUCGAUGCAUGACUCGGAUGAUGGGACAGAUGAACAUGACUCGGAUAUGGUCCCACCACAUGAGUACUUAGCGCGUAGUCAUAGAUCAGCCGCCAAGUCAGUUUUUGAAGGCGUCGGUCGGACCCUUAAGGGCCGAGACAUGAGCCGGGUUCGUGAUGCCGUUUGGAGCCAAACCGGAUUUGAUGGCUAGAACAAAUAUUAAACAUGAUUUUUUUUUUUUUUUUGUUAUUUAUUCGUCAUUAUUUAGACCCGAAUAUAUAAAAAAGAAAAUAUUUCGAUUUUUAACUGAAAUUAACCUUCCAAGA